ACUUGACGUAAUAGGAGACAGGACAACCUGUUGCGCUCUUGUCUACUCUACAGUCUCUGUGCUCGCGUAGAGAACACAGGCAUAACCGUGGAGAGCAAGUGAUGAAAAUUCCUAAAUGAACUCGUAAGAAUUUCUUGAUUGGAUUUUCUAUCAUCUUCCUCAGGCAGCAUUGGAGCCGGGCGCACCUGAGAGAAGUGUGACGGCAUUGGGGAUGAAAAGCCGGUAAAAGAUAUUCCGCAGCAAAGGAAGCACAGGAGACAAACCAAAAUGAGUUGCCGCUAUGAGCAUGUACCAGAAUUGCAAUGAAGACUUGAUGUCUGACCACUCAUGUUUGGCACCCUGAACAUCCCCUGAAGAGGCCCGUGACGCAGCAGUGUGCCCGACUUGCCCUGCAUGCGUGGACACAUAUACAUAUGCGUAUAUUUAUAUAUGUGCUACAAAUAUAUUGACACACGCACACUGUGCUGAAUUCAAAGCAGAGUGCUUUGAGCUGAGGAAUUAAAACCAAGAGUAUGGUCCAACGGUCCACCUCAAUCCGCCUGCUGGGAGCCCUUUUGGGGCUGUUUCUGCUCAUGCCUGUUCUGAUGGCACCAACGCCGCCAAGCAUGUGCACUCCCUUGAGGACGCUUGAUGACAGUCUGAGCCACAGGCGACGCUACAUGAAGCACAAUUUCCCCAUCAACUACACUGUCAGGGUUCAUCACGAGGAAGUUUUUAAACUAUCAAACAUCAGCAAAAUGAAGCUACGGAUGGACAACUUAGAAGAACUUCACCUUCAGAGGAUGUGGUUCCUUGUUAACCACAGCGUGUUGAAAAGGAUAAUACGAGUCAUGCCAGACAGACAUCCUUCACGUCCCUACACUACAGAGUUGGAGAGACGUCUGCAAGAUGCCGAGGGAGUCUUCGUGCAGUCGCAUCCUCCAGAGGUGUUCCAGCAGGAACUUCCAGGUGCAAUCCAAGACAUUUGGGAUUGUUUAACAGAAGAGUCAGACAAAGUGCCAGAGUCCAGCUGGAGAUUUGCUUCUCCAAAAUCCCUUUUGGACAAUUUCUGUCACACCAUGCAUUGCCUCUUCCGUGAAUGCUUUGCCACCACAGAAACACAGCAGGACCAAUCUGAUUCUUUCCAUUGUCAGAAAGGCAGGAAGAAAGCCCUCAGGGCAGAGAGCUGAGAGGAGGUCAGUGGGGCGAGGGGGUCCCUCGUCAUCCUGAAUAGGUUGACCUUGUUGACCUUGAGGGAUCUUGAAGGACAAUCCACUUCCACAAUAAUUCUUUUCACAAAGCCUGCUGGAUAAUGUGAUAUAUAUCAUUUUGCCCUAAUAUGUUCAUGUUAACAUAUAUCUAAGUAAAUGCAUAAUCCUUACAUGACCUAAAUUAUUUGCUAAAACGAAGCCUUUUUUGGAAUGGAGGACCUGCCGCAACCUGCCUUGUCCACACACCGAAGUGUUAACCUGAAAUCUGGAGGAAAAUGCUUUCCCAGCCAUCUGCCUUGAAAAGCCCACCGCGUGCUCUUGAAAAUGUGCCUGCUUGGUUCAUGUCAAAUGAGUCUAUACUUCACAUUGGAUUGGUGAUAUGACUGGCUGACUUUGUACCACAACCAUACCGUUGUACUCUGUUUCCCAGGGCCACUUUUGGUGACUGCAAUGUCUGUGAACUUUAUCUCUAAAGACUGGCUAUUAUUCAUCCUCCUAAAGCAUAUUUGGCUAUCUUAGGCUUUUAUUACAUUUUGCUCCAAGUGUUAUUCAUGUACAGUAUUUUGUUUGGAAUAUUUGCUAUGCACAAAAAGAUGUGGGUACUUAUGGAAAAAAGAUCAUAAAUCUUUCCUUUCAUGUUUGACUGUACACUUACUUUGCAUCAGAAGAGGCGUGACAGACAUGAUUUCAAGAGAAUAUGCACAAAAAUGGUAAAUCCAGUCGAAUUUUUCAUGGGUUUAUUGCUAGUGAUCAAAUGAUGUUUUGUUUUGGUUUUAACAGCAUAUACAGUAUUUCACUUACAUCAACAUGCGCUGGCAAUCCAGGUUGUACAACUGCAUUUAUAAACUGUGCAUUACAAACACACCAUACUUCUUACAUGUCAUACUUAUGAAGUAAAAAAACAAAAUUAUGCUUUUUUUCCAAACCAUGUUUGUGACCUAAAAUAUUAAUGCUUAAAAAUAAUUUUUCCAAUUCAAAAUAAUGCAAAGGAACAGAAUGUGAUAUUCAGAAAAAGCAGGACACCUUAAAUAUAAAGCACAAUAUCAUAUCAGUUUGUCAAAACCUACUGGCGCAGCUCAAUACUGAUGAAAAAUACCCGGACCCCACAUAGCAAUAAUAAAUGCCCUCAGAAAACCUAUGAAUAAUAAUAAGAUUUAAAGUGUAAAUUGUUCCCGUAGCUCAUUAAAAUGUAUCUAAAGAGUUAUGAGACCAACACCAAGAAGGAUUAUAGGGCCUCAUAG